AUGACGAUUAGGGGUUCCCAGUUUGCCCAGUCGGGUCUCUGGCGGGGUCGUUGCCUCACGCGGUUCAACGCUUGGGUGAUAUACGUCUUCUUUGUCUGGAAGAGUCUUCUUCUGUCUGGAAAGUGCUUUUCUCAAUCAAUCAUAAGGCCUCAACUAGAUAAAUUCACAUAUUUUACACAAUUCUUUUGGUUAUCCAUCCUCCUCUUUACCUUUUAUAUUGCUAUAUGCAAUGAUGGGGAUGGAGUACUUGGUAUCAGCAGAAUUCUCAAACUCCGAAACCAACUUCUUUCGCACCGGGAGAACAAGAUUCGGAGUAAGGACCCUAAGACUUUGGAAGAUCUCUCGAAAAAAAGUUUUCACACAGGUCUCUCCUAUAUGUACUCCAGUUUAUUCGAAGUAUCCCAAUGGUGUAAGACCGUCGACUUCUUGGGAAAAAGGGGGAAAAUCACUUUGAUCUAUUCUUUCGGAGAAAUAAGUGGCUCACGAGAAAUAGAGAGAAAGAUUCUCUAUUUGAUCUCGAAGUCAUCAUAUCAAACUUAUUCCAGUCGGAUCACUUGUGGAAAUGAAAUCAUGCUCAUCCAUCUUCUACACGGACAAGGAAGCAUCUAAACAAGUCAAUUCGGUAGAAGAAGUCGGAAGAGGAGGCUCUGUUUCAGCCAUGGAGCAGGAGAAGGGGAGUGUGGUGGGUG